CCACAUACAACAGUACAUACUAGCUCCCGGCACUUAUAAAAGGACGUGGCGAGCAACUGGAGAGCCCUCCCCCCUAUCAACCGCUGAAUCUGAGAGACGGACGACCGAAGCUGACGGGAUUGCAACACCUCCGUUCCAUCUCACACCUCGCACCUCAGUCAUCUCCCUCUCGCGACAAGUACAAUCGCAACCAUACCCAUCUUCCGCCACCUGAAGCACCUGGCCAUUCUCCUUCCCCUCCUCCGCUCUCCCAUUCUCGGCCGUCUCACUCCAUCCUCGACCUCCUCCUCUCCAGGACUCGGAUCCUUCUCGACGGCAAUGACCUCCCCACCGACCUCUACCACGUCAGUCCCCCUAGCGCCCUCCCUCUUCCUCCCUCACGGCGGCGGCCCCAUGCCUCUCCUCAACGACCCCGCCCACAUCCCUCUCAACACCUUCCUCACAACCCAGGCCCGCACCCUCCUCCUCACCCCAACCGCCCCCAAAGCCCUCAUCGUCAUCACCGCCCACUGGGAAUCCCCCGUCGUCCACAUCUCAACCGCCCACGGGCCCCAUCACCUCCUGUACGAUUACGGCGGCUUCCCACCAGAGACAUACAACGUCAAGUUCGACGCGCGGGGCGACAAGCACGCAGCAGCACGAGUGAUCGCCGCCCUCUCCACCGCAGGUAUCCAAACCCAAACAGACGCGCAACGCGGCUGGGACCACGGCGUCUUUGUCCCGCUCAAACUCCUCCUCGGCGACGGCGACACCCCCGAAUCCCGCCAACUCCGCGACAUCCCCAUCGUCGUCGUCGGCGUCCUCGCUUCCCAGUCCGCGGACGAACACUAUAGGCUCGGCCAGGCCUUGGGCACGUUGCGAAAAGAAGGCUACGCCGUCGUCGGGUCUGGCAUGUCGUUCCACAACAUGCGCGCGUUCCGUUUCCGCGCACCCCCAGCGAACUCACAACCACCCAACGCCCCGUUCGACACCGCGUUAGAAGCCUCGGUCGGCAUCGCGGACGCUGCGGAACGCGGGCGCGCGUUCAGCGCGUGGGAACAGUGGGACGGCGCCCGGGACGCGCAUCCCGUCGGUGGCGCCGAGCAUUUCAUGCCUGCGGUUGUGUGUGCGGGCGCCGGUGGGGACUCAAAGGGAGAGAGGGUGUUGAGGUGGGAGGCGUGGGGGUUUACGCAGGGGGCGUAUGUUUGGCGGUGAUCAAUUCGAUGCGAUUCGGAUUCGUUCGGAGGGUCGUCUUUCUUUCUCAUGCUACUGUAGCGUUUGCCAGAUGGGCUCCUGGAAACUUAUUAGGGCAGUGUUUUGCGUAUCGUCACGUCAUCACAUAGCGUAGCCUAUCUUUCAUUUUGGUCUGGUCUCAUCUCAAAAUACAUAAAGGAAAUCCCAAAAGGCAAACACACAUCCCCCAACUUGGCGAAAAAAAUCUGGCCAACGGAAAUUUUCGCAACCAUCUUUCCCAAAAACUUCACACAGCACCCGCAUACCACCACGCCCAUCGAAGAGGAGAACAGUACGUAGUAUACAUCCAUUCUUCACACAACAUUCAAGAAAAAACGUACAAGUGUAAGGAAAAAAAAGGUCAACCAGGA